UUGCACUCCACCACCAACCUUUGACCUUCAGUUUAUUUAUUCCGAUCUCGACCCUUCACUUCUACUCCCGACUCCGGUGGUCGGAUCUCGUCUCUAGCUAUAAAUCGAUCCCCUCGCUCGAAGAGGCGGCACAGCGGAUCAACAGCAAGCUACAACGUAGUGGACUACGGCGCGGUGGCCGACGGCCGCACCGACUCAGCCAAGGCCUUCCUGGCCGCAUGGUCGGCAGCCUGCGCCGCCAACAAGCCGGCGAGCAUGUACGUGCCGGCCGGCCGGUUCAUGGUCGGCCAAGCCACCUUCCAAGGUCCCUGCAACAACAGCGCCAUCAGGGUCUUCAUCGCCGGCACCCUCGUCGCUCCCUCCGGAUACACCGCCGCCGCCAACUGGUUGCGGUUCAAGUACGUCAACGGCCUGUCCGUCCUCGGCGGCAUCAUCGACGGCCGCGGCCAGGCCUUUUGGGCGUGCAAGAAGGCCGGCCGGAGCUGCCCACAAGGCGCCACUUCGCUGGCGAUAGCGCUGUCGACGAACGUGGUCAUCAGAGGAUUGGCUUCCCACAACAGCGAGGUCUUCCACCUCUCAAUCUUCGCCAGCAGCGGCGUGAAAAUACAGGGCGCCAAUAUCAUCGCGCCGGGGGACAGCCCCAACACCGACGGCAUCCACAUCCAGAAAUCGACAGAUGUCAGCGUCGUCAGCACGGUGAUAAAGACCGGCGACGAUUGCAUUUCCAUGGGAGAAGGAACCAGCAACGUCUGGAUCGAGAAGAUUCAUUGCGGCCCGGGACACGGCAUAAGCAUUGGGAGCCUGGGGGCGACGCCGUCGGAGACCAGAGUGCAGAACAUCACGGUGACGGCGGUGACCUUUUCGGGGACGCAGAAUGGGUUGAGGAUCAAGACUUGGGGGAAGCCGAACGGCGGCUCCGUGGAGGGCGUCACCUUCUCCCACGCCGUCAUGCAGAACGUGGGGUACCCGAUCGUGGUCGACCAAAACUACUGCCCCGGCAACGUCGACUGCCCCGGCCAGAGCUCCGGAAUCAGGAUCAGCCAGGUCUCGUACAUGGACAUCCAGGGGUCGUCAGCGACGCCGGUGGCGGUGAAGUUCGACUGCAGUCCGACGAACCCAUGCAGGGGACUGGAUUUGCGUGAUAUAAAGCUGACUUAUUUGGGAAACAAGCAGGCGGAGGCCUACUGCAAGAAUGCGCAGGGAAGCGCCGCCGGCACGAUGAAUCCUCCCAGUUGCAUUUGAUGAACCCUCGUGAAUAAUGUGAUAAUUAAGCGAUUAUUUUGGAGCCUCGGCUUCAUUUGUAGAAAUGUAAGAAAGUGAUUCUAAAAUAUGUUGGAAUUGUUUCGACCAAAAGAAAGAAACUAGUAACUUCGGGGGAAAACACAAUACGUUGGUGCAUUUUUGAUAAUUGACAAAAUGACAAGAGUACAAGAUAAAACAGAGAAGAAUUCUACUUCCACAGCUCAAGAAUCCCAUUGGUUUCUAGUUCUUUACUGAUCAGACAACUAAAACAGAGAAGACCUGCAUGCCAAU